UUGAUGUUGAGGCCAUAUCAUUAUCUAAAUCAACACAAUUAUUUGUUAAUGAUAUUAAAACUUUAAUUCUAAUAUCUGAAUCAACUUAUUUGCAUUCAUAUACAAAAUGUGCUUUAAGUUUAUUUGAUUUAGCAAUAACCUAG